AAACAUCCCUGCGCAGCAAAGCUGGAGGAGAGAAUGUAGCAAGCACACCACAUGUAGUCACAACUCUGAGGAAUUCAUGUCCAUGAAGGAUUGGUGCUAUGUUAGCACAGGAUGAGAACCCUGCAGCUUCCCUGGACGAGGUCCUGAGGUUGUGGACUGCAAUAUAUGGUGGAAGAAUGCGGGCAUCCGGUGAAGUACCAGGAGAACAGCAGGACCCAGCUCCAUGGACACCUCGUAAGUCCCCGGCUGAUGGCUUGAUAGCCGGUGAGACCCCCGCCUUGGAAAGGAGGACUCAAGAGACAUGGAAGGAGGGCCAAGUUGAGAGUGCCUCAGGCAUGGGGGAAGAAAAGGGAUUACAGAGGUGGGGGAGCCGCAAGGCCAGACACCGGGACAAACAUCUAACAUCACCCAACGAGACGUAUUAUGGACGGUUUUGGUUUUUUUUAUAUACAUGGAAAGGACCUUUAUGGAUGAUAUUAACAUUAUGGACGAUUAUGGAUGAUUAUGGAUGGUAUGGCUCUUUCUGUGGACUGUUUUUUGUCUUCUGUGAAGUUCCUAACUUUCUUUUGGUGUAUUCCUCCCUGUACCUUCCCCUUUCCUCUGUUCCUAAGGGCAGGACAAAGGGUGAAAAAAGCCAAGAUGGCUCGGGGUUGCUGCCGACUCCCCGUCACCCCGGUGUCUCUGCCAUCCCAUCCCCUGUUCUCCUGAAGGCAGGCAAGGGACGGAGAACAUCCAGAGUGAUGCGGGUCUGCUUUUUCCAGAACUUCAGCAAAGCUGCCAUCUUCAGCAUGAAAAUAUGA